GCGGCGACCAUCUGGCCGACAAUCUCGCCACCGCGGGACACACGGACCGACGGACUCACAGACCGGCAGCGGGAACCCCAGGGCCAUGAAGGAGCACGCGGGCCGGCGCUGUUGCCUGGGCUGGGACUUCAGCACGCAGCAGGUUAAGAUUGUUGCUGUUGAUGUAGAGUUGAACGUCUUCUAUGAGGAUAGUGUGCACUUUGACAGAGACCUCCCCGAAUUUGGAACUCAGGGCGGUGUCCAUGUACACAAGGACAGGCUGACGGUCACCUCUCCAGUCCUGAUGUGGGUCCAGGCUCUGGACCUGAUCCUGGAGAAGAUGAAGGCUUCUGGCUUUGACUUCUCUCAAGUUCUAGCCUUAUCUGGGGCAGGCCAGCAACAUGGGAGCGUUUACUGGAAGACUGGAGCCAGCCUGGCGCUGUCGAGCCUGUCGCCAGCUCUCCCGUUACAUCAGCAGUUACAGGACAGCUUCUCCAUCAGCAACUGUCCCGUAUGGAUGGACUCCAGUACCACAGCCCAGUGCCGCCAGCUGGAGGCUGCUGUGGGUGGGGCCCGGGCUCUCAGCUGCCUCACAGGGUCCCGGGCCUAUGAGCGCUUUACAGGGAACCAGAUAGCAAAGCUUUUCCAGCAAAGCCCCGAGGCCUACGCACACUCCGAGAGGAUUUCCUUGGUCAGUAGCUUUGCUGCUUCUCUGUUCCUGGGGGGGUACUCGCCCAUCGACUACAGUGACGGUUCUGGAAUGAAUUUGUUGCAGAUCCAGGACAAAGUCUGGUCCCAAGCUUGUCUUGGUGCCUGUGCCCCCCAUUUGGAGGAGAAGCUCGGCUCACCGGUUCCUUCGUGCUCAGUUGUGGGAGCCAUUUCCUCCUACUACGUCCAGCGCUAUGGAUUCCUUCCAGCAUGCAAAGUGGUGGCCUUCACGGGGGACAAUCCAGCGUCGCUGGCGGGCAUGAGGCUGGAGGAAGGUGAUAUUGCGGUCAGCCUGGGCACCAGUGACACCCUAUUUCUCUGGCUUCAGGAGCCCACGCCUGCCCUGGAAGGCCACAUCUUCUGCAACCCAGUAGACACGAAGCACUACAUGGCACUUCUGUGCUUCAAAAAUGGCUCCCUUAUGAGAGAGAAGAUCCGAGAUGAGUCUGCUUCCUGUUCCUGGAACAAAUUCUCUAAGGCCCUGCAGUCCACGGAGAUGGGGAACAAGGGAAACUUGGGUUUUUAUUUCGAUGUAAUGGAGAUCACCCCUGAAAUUAUCGGGCGUCAUAGGUUUAAUGCGGAAAACAUUGAGGUCUCAGCAUUCCCUGGGGAUGUGGAGAUUCGAGCUCUGAUCGAAGGACAGUUCAUGGCCAAGAGGAUUCAUGCAGAAGGCCUCGGCUACCGAGUCAUGCCCAAAACAAAGAUUCUGGCCACAGGAGGAGCAUCUCACAAUAAAGACAUCUUACAGGUGCUUGCGGAUGUUUUUGGGGCCCCCGUGUAUGUCAUAGACACCACCAGUUCAGCCUGCGUGGGCUCUGCAUACCGAGCCUUUCAUGGCCUUGCAGGAGGGACAAGUGUGGCCUUUUCAGAGGUUGUGAAAUCAGCCCCACAUCCCAGCCUGGCUGCCACCCCCAGCCCAGGAGCUUCCCAGGUCUACGAGGCCCUUCUCCCUCGGUAUGCUGAACUUGAACAGAGAAUCUUGUCUCAGGCCCGGGGGCCUCUGGAAUGAACUCUGUGUGCCCUGGCAGUCUGCUGCCUCCCUCCUGCCCAGAUUCCCCAGUGACACUGUCCUCUUGCUUGUUCUGCGCAGCUCCUGGGCUGUGUUGACUCAGUGGAGCGCUCCUGUCCUGUCCUGGACCAUCCUGAAGCUGGCCAUGACUCCCUGGAGACAUGUGGGUUGCCUCUGUCCCAGGGUGGCAAAGCAGCUCUCCUUUUCUGUCUUUCAUUCCAGGAGGCAGGAAAACACAGUGUGUAGGGUAUGGCCACCAAAGAUGAUCACCUUCCCCAUUUUAAAGGCAGAAAGCAAGCUCUCUUUUAGGACCAAACUCAACAGAAUAGGGGACAGCCUUCUUCCUGACUUACCACUGCUCCAUGGUCCUCACCUUUCGACACCCCACCCCACACUGGGACCUCCAUCCUUCCCUGCAAACCAGACUUCACAGUGCCCCCCUCAUCGGCCUCCCACCUGUUUCUACCCCGUUUCUUGAAGUGCCUUCCCAGGGUCCUCUCCUGUCUGUCCAUCUUCUCCCUUUCUUACCCGUACCUUCCUGGUUUACUUCCCACACAAGAUGACCUUCAUGGGCUUGGUGAAUACCCUUCCUGUGCCCUCCCCCAGCUCGGUCUAUCUAUACCGGACUGGUGCUGACCAGGUCACGGGGCUGGGCCAUCAUCCAGGCUAACCCUUUAGUUCACCCCUGUUUCAUUGUAGUUCACAUGAUGGCAAUGUUGUGUGUUUCUCUUCGAGACAUUUCUAAAUUCUGGAUUUUUUUUUUUUUUUUUU